GAACCCCCCGCCCCCGCACCCGCACCCGCAAUAACCGGGAACCGCCGGAGCUCCCCCCCCAAAUAACCGGGAACCGCCGGAGCCCCCCCCCCAAAUAACCGGGAACCGCCGGAGCCGCCCCUCUCCGCCCGCCCGGAAGAGCGUCCCGCGCAAUGAACAAACAGAAAGAAAGUGCCGCUGCUUCUGUUAUUUUGAAGUAUUUGAACGACCAGAAUCGGCCAUACAGUGCACAAGAUGUUUUUGGGAAUCUCCAGCGAGAAUACGGCUUUGGGAAAACAGCUGCAGUGAAAGCUCUGGAGCAGCUAACUCAAGAUGGUAAAAUAAAGGAAAAGGUUUAUGGGAAACAGAAAAUCUACUUUGCUGAUCAGAGUCAGUUUGCAGCUGUUGGUGAAACUGAUCUGAAGACCCUAGACAGUGAGAUCAGUGAACUGAGUGAGAAGUUCCAAAAUGUUCAACAGUGCUGUCGGCAAAUGGAAGCAGAACUUAAAGAGCUAAAUAAUUCGAUGACAACCGAAGAAGUGUCUUUGGAAAUUACAGCACUAAACCAAGAAUGUGCAUCACAUCAAGAGAGACUGAAAAAAAUCAAAUCUGCAACCAACCACGUUGCGCCAGAGGAUAAAGAAAAGGUUUAUAACGAACGGAAGUUUUAUGUGAAAGAAUGGAAGCAAAGGAAGAGAAUGGUUUGUGAUUUGACUGAUGCAGUUCUGGAAGGGUACCCCAAGAGCAGGAAGCAAUUUUACGAGGAAAUUGGGAUAGAAACAGAUGAAGAUCAUAUGGUCACAGUACCAGACUUAUGAAGAAUAAAGUUGUAAAAGAAAAUGGCAACACAACCAAAGUUUUAUGUAAAUACAAAAGCUAUCCCAGGAUGUUUUCUGCCCAAUUUAUUGCAUCAAAAAUUGAUGAGUCUUCUGUUUGGCUACUGAAUGUUGCUGGCAUAGAAGCUGCUGUGAAAUCUAUUCAUUUUCCAAGUGUUGCUUUAUCCAAUCAUACUGAGAUGAUAUUGCUAUAUUUUUUAUUUCAACAGGAAGAUAACUAGAUCUUGCCCAACCAUAUUCAGAAUUUCACUGAUCAUUUGUUUUCAACUGCUUUUGGAGAUCUUAUCAGGAGUGCAAUUCAUUUUUGUUUUGGUCAAGUUAGCAUAGCCCUGUUGUAAUGAACAACACCCAGUUUGUAGAAAUUGCCUGUGCAUUAGAUCCAUUACUAGAUCCACUUCAUAUUUAUAGCUUUGAAAAAGAAUGGCUUUGAAUCUAAAUGAGUAAUUUGCUUGGAUGUGGAGCUGGACCUUGACUUAUUAAACAUCAAUAAUAAAGUUUUGGCUAAUCAUUUUGACUCAAGCCAGAUUAUUGGUGGCAGGUAAUAAAAACAUUGGUCUACUGUCCGUCAACAUUAUCUUUUUAUAGACUUGUACUGUUACGUUUUCUGUUAGCUCAAAAGAUUUUGUCAUGUAGCUGAUACAGAUUUCUGUGUUAAACUUAUUAACAAAAGUUACAACAUUGUACAUGUUACUGUUUUUCAGAAUAAAAUACUGUAAAAUGUAUGUUUUGGUUCUGUUGUUAUAGAUAUAUACUUAAGUUAAAUGAAAACACCUUUACAUUUUCAAAAUGACAAAGUUUUGUUAUUUUAUAAAAGAAACCCUGACAUCCAGUAGACGAUCUUGCCAGGCUGGAGGACAGAAAAGGAGAAGUUUGAUCUGCAGAGAUUUGAAAGUAGGAAUAGGAUUUACACGCAUUUGGAAAAAGCAUGGCCUAAUUAGGGACAGUCAACAUGACUUUGUGUGGGACAGGUCAUGUCUUAGUAACUUGAUGAUUGUUUUGCUUUGAGGAGGUGACUAGGGUCAUCAUAGAAAGGAGGAGGAAGCCUUUCAGCCCUUCGAGCCCGCUCCACCAUCCAUCACAAUCGUGGCUGAUGGUCCAACUCAAUAGCCUAAUGCUGUUUUCUCCCCAUACCCUUUGGCCCCAUUUGCCCCAAAUGCUAAAUCUAGCCACCUCUUGAAUACAUUCAAUACAUCAACUAAUCCUGAUGAAAGGCUUAUGCCCAAAACAUUGACUC